AUGUCUCCAGUAGACAUCCAGAUCCGGGAUAGGGACUUUGUUGAUAAGGCGCCCCCCUCGAUCACGCUGGCGGAAACACCAGGCAUAGCCGUCUGUGUGUUCCAAGUAACCAUGCAGCAUCUCCCCGUUGUGGUGAAAGCGGACGUGGCAGUGUUGAACCAGCCAGUCAGGACGGAUAGGGCGCGUUGGAUCACUAUUGUCGGGAUCCGUGAUCAGUUCCAGUCCAGCAAGGGCGUCAUCUGGUUCCCAGAUUUCAGUGGCAUCGAGGAGGACAGUGGUGUCGUCCUGCAGUUUCACUGUGUAUUGUUGUGCACCACGCUUGACAGGCACCUCAAUGACUUCUCCACUGGUGUGUAG